AUUCCUAAUUUAGUGGGAAACAUUUCGUAUGAAGUACCUGAGGACACAAUCCGCCAAAUUUUUUCCAAGGUAGGACAUGUCGUCCAUAUUAAAAUGGUUCAUGAUCGUGAAACUGGCAAGCCAAAGGGUUAUGGUUUCAUCGAGUUUCUCGACGUGCAGACUGCUGAACUGGCUAUCAGGAAUUUGAAUGGAUAUGAAGUGAAUGGUCGCCAGCUCCGAGUUGACAGUGCUGCAGGAGGGGAUCGUAGUGUUGAUGAGAUCCAACAAUUACAAGCUGCUCUGAGUGCCGCUCAGGUUGAAGAAAGUCCAUAUGGACCGGAACCCGAAGAAGGUCGUGCGCCUGAGGCGAUUUCUCGCACGGUAGCCUCACUUCCACCUGAGAAAAUGUUCGAGUUGAUGAAGCAAAUGAAGGAUGUUGUUCGAUCGAAUCCAAGUGAAGCAAAGCAAAUGCUUGUACAGAAUCCACAACUUGCUUACGCCCUCCUCCAGGCCCAAGUUGUCAUGCGCAUCGUCGAUCCACAAGUUGCCAUUGCAAUGCUUCACAGAGAGCCAGCUGCUUCUACAGUGCCUUUCCAUCAAGUUGCGUUUCCUGCUCAACCUAUGGCUCCAUUGCCAGCCGUUUCGCAACCUGGCUAUGCCGCUCCACCUCAGCAAAUGUACGCCCGUCCCGGACCACCACAGGUACACUGA